CUCACAUUUAUCUACAUCAAAAACAUGUCUACCCAGUCUCGAGUUCCUGCAUCCGCAGAGUCUGGAACAUUCACCCAGCUUGGGACAUUGCCGAAUACAUACACUUCCGACAUCAGCCUGCAACGAAUGCUAGGAUGGUACCUUCCUGCCGAGACCCUUAAGUUAGUUGAACCUCACCUCGCUCAAUUUGGCGAGGAGGCUGUUUCGUCCCAAGUCUUUGCAUGGAACGCCGAUGCAGAGACCAACCUGCCAUAUGUCAAGAAGUACAAUGUCUGGGGCCAGCGGUAUGGCUAUGACAAGCUGGUUACGACUGAUGGGUGGAAGCAGUUAGGAAAAUGGGGUGCUAAGCAUGGGGUUGUUUCGCUGGGAUAUGACCACACUUACGGUGUUCAUAGACGUACUGUUCAAUAUGCUGCAGUGUAUAUAUACGCCCCCUCGUCGUCCAUGUACAGAUGUCCGAUGAGUAUGUCCGAUGGAGCGGCAUUUAUAUUAUCACAGCGUCUCAAAGAUCUGCCGAAUGACCAUAUUCUGCACACUGUAUUUUGGAAACUGACCUCCAGAGGAGACGACUACUGGACAUCCGGCCAAUGGAUGACGGAACGAGCAGGCGGCAGCGACGUUCAAAACACAGAGACAUGGGCAACCUACGCACCCUUACCACAAGCAUCGAAAACAUCCGACGUCCUCGCCGAGGGCGAUUACCUGAUCAGCGGAUUUAAGUUCUUUUCCUCCGCGACAGACGCCAACGUCGCUUUUCUCUUAGCCAAGACAGGUUCCGGCAAACUGAGCACAUUUAUCGCGCCAUUACGGAAGACAUCCAUCGGAGCGGAUGGAAAGCCAGAAGAAGUAUCCAAUGGCGUGCGCAUCCACCGCCUGAAGAACAAGCUUGGUACUAAGGAAUUACCCACGGCUGAACUGGAACUGAAGGGCAUGCGCGCUCACCUAGUCGGUGAAAUCGAUCAGGGCAUUGUGACCAUUGCACCACUAUUGAAUACCACCCGUAUCCAGACGCUUCUUGGAACAUUAUCAACCUGGCGUCGUGCGAUUAGCAUUACGAAGAAUUUCGCUAAGUCACGGACUACCGUCGGCGAGCCAUUGUGGUUGAUUCCGAUGCAUUUGCGUCUCCUUGCGGACGUCGAGGUAAAGCACCGCGGCGCUAUAAAUCUCACUUUCUUCACAAUUGCCGUGAUGGGCCUGAUUGAAAAUUCUUCCAGCUCCGCAAGACAUGCACACAUGCCUCAGGAUCUCAACGAAGCAAAAGUCAUCUUCCGCGUCCUGACCGCCACAUGCAAAGGGGUUGUCAGCAAGAUGUCGAUGGUAGGUGUCCAAGAGUGCCAGGAAGCGAUGGGUGGGGUUGGAUACAUCGACGAACCAGACGAGCCUGAGUUCAACAUCUCGCGCCUCCUCCGCAGUGCAGCCGUGUAUCCGAUCUGGGAGGGUACGACGAAUGUCCUGGCUAGCGAACUCGUCCGCUUCCUGAUGAAAAAGGAUAACCUGUCUGUUUUGUCGGGGUGGCUCAGUCGCGUGUUGUCUUUGAUCCGCACGUCGUCUCUCGCGGGUGCAUUGAAGCAGGCUCUGGCUUCCUUCCUUUCUCGCGUGACGUCUGUUCGUCCGCUGGUUGCGUUACUGGCUGAUGCUCGCAGGGUUAUGUUUACCUUUGGCUGGAUUCUUGCUGGGGCUCUGUUGGCUUUGGAUGCGGAACGGGAUGGGGAUGAGGCCGCGAUGGAAAUUGCUCGCAGAUGGAUUCUGUUGGGUGAGGGUGGUGUGGGUGAGUUUGUCUACCGGGAUAUUGUCAAGCCGUAUCAGGCCUUUGAUUCGGCUUCCGGGAGUGAUGAGCAUACGCGGUUGGAUUGUAAGAUUGCUUGGGGUGUUGAAUUGCCGUCUAGGGUGGUAUUUGGGCAUCGAUCUUUGAGCGAUUCGAAACUCUAA